UUAUAUUGUUCCACUCACAUUACACUUAUAAAAACGAUCUAUCUCUCGAACAAACUUAAAAACAUAAGCCAAAGUCGGGUAAUCUAGACCUUCCUCUCUCGUAUACACUAGAAACUAACCUUCUCACAGAUUUUUAUUUUUAACAUGAAACUCUCAGUUUAUAUCAUUCUUAGUAUUCUCUUCAUUUCGACGGUAUUUUAUGAAAUUCAGUUUACGGAGGCGAGACAGUUGCGAAAAACCGACGAUCAAGAUCAUGAUGAUCAUCAUUUCACAGUCGGGUACACUGAUGAUUUUGGGCCUACUUCUCCUGGUAACAGCCCGGGCAUUGGUCAUAAGAUGAAGGAGAAUGAAGAAAAUGCUGGAGGGUAUAAAGAUGACUUCGAACCUACGACGCCAGGACAUAGUCCCGGCGUUGGACAUGCUGUCAAGAACAAUGAGCCUAAUGCUUAAUUAGAAAGGUUUCAUAGUUUAGUACUUCUUCAAUGCUUUUGCUAAAUUAAUAUGAAAUUUAAGUUAUUGUCCAAGUGCAGUUUUUAUAUAAUGUGUAUGUUUAGUUUAUGAUAUGUCACUUGUAAGUGGAUCGAUUAAGCAUUAUUUCAG